AUGGACACGGAAUACGGAGAUGAGGACAAGAAACAGUCUGACCUCCACCCAUGCAAGCUUCUAAAUUUUAAAUCUAAUUAUAAUAACAGGAUUGUAAAAUAUCUUGGAACUGUUUUUUAUUUUAUUUUAUUUUAUUUUAUUUUAUUUUUUAAAUUUUAUUAUAUUUUUAUUUUAUACUUUUAUUUUAUUAUUUUUUUAUUUCCAGGUGCCUUCCUGAUUCCAUAUGCAGUGAUGUUAGCAAUCGAAGGAAUCCCUCUGUUCUUCUUGGAGCUUGCGAUUGGCCAGCGACUGCGAAAAGGCGCCGUCGGGUCGUGGAACCAAGUCUCGCCAUAUCUCGCGGGUAUCGGGAUUGCGUCUGCCGUGGUCUCGUUCAACGUGGCGCUCUACUACAACACCAUCAUGUCGUGGUGUCUGCUCUAUCUCGUGCAAAGCUUCCAGAGUCCUCUCCCCUGGGCGUCGUGUCCCCACCGCAUAGAGGGCAACUCCACCAUCAUACUCGACCCGGAAUGCGAGACUAGCGGCGCACCCACCUACUUCUGGUACCGUGAGACUCUGAAUACGGCGCCUGACGUCGAGUCCCCGAGCUACCUCAACUGGAAGAUGGUGGUCGGCCUGAUCGGCGCCUGGAGCAUCGUCUACAUGUGUAUGAUCAAAGGAAUCAAGUCUUCAGGAAAGGUGGUUUACUUCACAGCAACAUUUCCUUACGUGGUACUGGUGAUAUUUUUCUUCCGAGGAAUAACCCUACGUGGAUUUGAAAAAGGCAUCCAACAUCUUUUCGUUCCAGAGUGGGAAAAGCUUAAGGAUCCGGCUGUUUGGUUGGACGCAGCCACACAGAUCUUCUACUCUUUCGGGUUGGCGUUCGGCUGCCUCAUAGCUCUGGCGUCAUACAACCCAGUUCGCAGUAACUUCCUACGUGACACCCUCAUAGUGACCAUCUGCGACUUCUUUACUUCCAUUUUCACAGCAACCGUUGUCUUCUCCAUAUUAGGGUUUAAAGCGACACUAGCGUAUGAAGACUGCCUGGAAAAGCAUGGACUACAGAAUUCGUCAGUGGAGAAUCCACAAAACACUAUGCAAAAUGACACAAUCUGCGAUUUCAAGAAAAUUAUAGAAGAGUCCGCCUCUGGGACAGGCUUAGCUUUCAUCGCCUUCACGGAGGCCAUCAACCAGUUUCCGGUGGCGCCACUGUGGGCCAUUCUGUUCUUCCUGAUGCUUCUCACUCUUGGAUUGGACAGCAUGUUCGGCACGCUAGAGGGCGCUCUCACUUCCCUCAACGACAUGAUGCUGUUUCCACACGUCAGGAAGGAAAUCGUCUGUGGGGUGGUUUGUCUCAUAUCAUGCAUUUUUGCACUAUGCUUCGCCACUACGACUGGCCCGUACGUGUUCUCUCUGUUUGAUUCCUUCUGCGCCAACAUACCCCUGCUAAUCAUAGCGCUGUCCGAAUGUAUAGCUAUUUCAUAUGUCUACGGUUUAAAACAACUAUCCGAUGACGUCGAGUUGAUGUUGGGCAGCAGACCCAGCUACUUCUGGCUGAUAUGCUGGCGCUACCUGGCGCCCGUUGCCAUGUUGCUCAUUCUAGCAGCAAGUCUCGUGGAGAUCUUCUCCAACGGAGUCACGUACGACGCGUGGGACGCAGAAAAGGGCGUGGCUCACCGGUUAUUCUGGCCUUGGUGGUGCCAAAUGUUCGCCGUCAUUCUCAUCUUGGCAUCGGUGCUGUGGAUACCAGGCAUUGCGCUCUGCAAGUAUUUCGGUUUCAUCAACAUGAACGAAGAGCACCCGUCGUUUUUCCCCAUCGAUGUCCUCAAAGAAGAACGCAAAAUUGUUCCCCACAAAUCCACGGAUUUCGAAAGGAUUGUUCUGGGUUUCAGGGACUGAUAAAAAAAAAAGUAUUUACAUGUACAGCAAUCAAAGAAGAAAAACAUUCCAUUUAAUGACGAGAAGCAGAAACUGUGAAUAUUAUAUUGUAUGAUUUCCGUGAGUGAUUUUGUAUUGUGGAUUUCGUGAUGACGUCAAAAGGUUGUGUGUUUACCAGUUAUUCCAAACAGAGGAUCUAGAGAGUGAACUUAUUCGGGGCUGGGUCGGUGCGGUGGUUUUUAUCAGUCCAUUGGACCAGAACAAUGUUUAGUCUAACGCUUUUGCGAGUCCUAUUUUGUACAACUGGAGUUUCGUUUCACGUAUUAUAUUUAUAACACCACGUGAGACCACCAAAAUCCCACCAAAAUUAACAUCACCUAUAAAUAGUUUACACAAGCUUUACAUGUUCAGGGAUCUGGCUAAAGCAUUUCCACGUUACAACUAUCUUAAAGAUUUCGGCACACUAAAGGCUCAUAUAGACUGCAUGCGGCGUGUGCGUGCGGUCCAACUGUUGCGUCUGCGGCUUCGUGGUUAGGCCAUCAGUCUACAGGCUGGUAGGUACUGGGUUCGGAUCCCAAUCGAGGCAUGGGAUUUUUAAUCCAAAUACCGACUCCAAACCUAGUGAGUGCUC